UAUCGAUCCCCGGCCAUGGCCGACCCCAAGUAUUCCGACCUGCCCGGCAUCGCCAGGAAUGAACCUGACGUCUGCGAGACCAGCAACGUGUCCAAGGAUGACCAGGCCAACUUUGAGGCGUUUGCACAAGAGCUGGAGGAGCUCACCAGCACCAGCGUGGAGCACAUCAUCAUUAAUCCCAACGCCGCAUACGAGAAGUUCCGGGACAAGCGCCUGAGCACCGAGGGAGUGGAUUUCUCCGCUUGCAUCAGCAAGCCCAGGACAACGGGCUACAAGUCUGGGGAGUAUGAAAUUCUUGGUGAGGGUCUUGGUGCCAAAGAGACGCCCCAGCAGCGGUACCAGCGGCUGCAGCACGAGGUGCAGGAGCUGGUUAGGGAGGUGGAGCAGAUCCAGAGCACGGUGAAGGAGGUGGCGAAGGAGGAGCUGACGCCCGUGGCCUUGGCCAGGCAGGUCGAGGGCCUGAAGCAGCAGCUGGUCUCCAGCCACCUGGAGAAGCUGCUGGGCCCUGCUGCAGCCAUAGACUUUGCAGAUCCCGAAAGUGCCCUGGCCAAGCGCCUGCUGCAGCAGCUGGAGGUGGUGAGGUGCAGCAAGGUGGCAGCAGGGAAGACCCCUGACAAAGCCCCGGUGCCCACUGGAGACGCUGUCACCCUUGAGCUGUACUGGCAACCGGAGCAGGACCACUUUGCCCAGACUGCCAAGAUCACAGAGCUGGAGAAGCGGCUGGCGCAGCUGGAGGCGAUGGUGCGGUGCGAGCCCGACAGCCAGAACCCGCUGUUUGUGGGGCUGAAGGGCACCAGCCUCGUGGAGACCGUGCAGGUCCUGCAGGCCAAGGUGAACAUCCUGGAUGUGGCCGUGCUGGACCAAGUGGGGGCCUGGCUGCAGAGCGUCCUGGGGAAGAUGAAUGAAAUUGCCGAGCACAAAGCAACUGUGCAAGAUGCUGACACCCAGAGCAAGAUAGGAAUCCACCAGAUCUAUGAGACAAUGCAGCACUGGGACCCCGUGGCCAGCACCUUGCCUGACGUUGCGCAGAGGCUGGUGACCCUCAGGGACCUGCAAGAGCAAGCCACACAGUUUGGGCAGCUCCUCAUGCACUUGGACACCACACAGCAGGAGAUAGCUGGUGCUCUCAAGGACAACACCACGCUGCUGGCAGAGGUCCAGCAGACAAUGAAGGAAAACCUGGCUGUCGUAGAGGACAACUUUGUGGCCAUAGAUGCCCGCGUCAAGUGGCUGCAGAAGCAACAGCACCAGGGAGACACCCUCGCACCGGGCAUCCCUGCUGCCGCCAGGACCCUGCGACCCUCUGGGAAUCUCUGCCUCCCCAAGCAG